AUGUCGAUUCUACCAUUAUUGUCACUUUUCUUUGUGUUGGUUGUAAUUUUUGAUUGUCGAGGUAUUGAAGCAGCUACAAUUAGAGCGAAUCCCGAUGAGCCACCGACAAAGGAGUUUUGCGAAAAAUACGAAAAACUUGUUGGAAACAAAGCAAAGCUCGCUAAGGAAAUGACUCCAAUUCUGGAAUGCGUGACUGGGGACAAAGAGGCACAGAUCGAACAAACUUGUGGACUAUCGACUCCGAAAAGUGAUUGCAGUGAAAAAGUGAAAAUCAUGAAGUGUCGAGUGAUCGAAACGGGGAAACUCUGCGAUUCGCCGAACUCGACCAAAAUAGCGGUCAAAUUUUUCAAACUGAUCGUCAAGCAUAGGCUCUCUGAAUUCGCUCAUUGUUCCACGGAGGCUUUAGCGGCACUUGAUGCAUUGAGU